CUUAAUAAUGAGCCCAACCCCUCUUUGGAUCUCUGUUUUAGUCUCAGUUACGUCAGAAUAAAAGGAUUCUAAUCUGUUUACUUGUUCAUCAGUUUGUUACACUGCAGGUGCAGAUUUCCUGUCUGUGUCGAGGCUCUCUCUGACCUCUGUAUGACUUCUGUUCCCCUUGAGAACCAUUUAUGGUCGCUCCUAUGUUGUUUAACUCUUUUAUUGUUUUAAGUUUCACCUGUCCCCGACCCUUCAAAGACCAGCAGGUGUCUGUCUCUGGGCAACUGUCGUGGAACAGUGGAAAAGUCAUCAAAUUUCAGGCUAAAAGAAUGACAUUUAGGGUAUUUUUUCACUGCUGUCAAAUGUCUAAUUUGACCCAAACAGUAUGUGAGGGUUUAUUGUUCAAACUUUUACCUAAACGUGUCGUAACUUGCUGACUCCACCCGACACAUUCUUGUACAAGAGAGCUGCUGAUCAGACAGGAGGAGGAGCAAACAGGAUGUAAACACAGAAGUGAAAGUAAGAAGUUUCAUCACCAGUCUCCAUUUUACACUCGGAGCAGAAGGAGGAAACUUCUCUGAGGCUGGUGUUACUGGUUCACCUCUCAGACCUGAAAAUGAGUGAUUUAGAAGAAGAAGAGGACAGAUCAAAGUCUCCAGUCUCCAGCUGUCCCUCUAUGAAGAGUGACCGUAGUAAAGGACGUCCUCCAGACUUCAGUAAUGAACCUGGACCCUCAGACACAAAAGAGAGGAAGAGGAGUCAUGGUUGUGAGGAGGAGCAGCCGUCCUGCUGUGCUUUGUGUCAGGACGUCCUGAAGGAUCCAGUCUCUACCAGCUGUGGACACUGGUUCUGCAGACGGUGCAUCACCUCAUACUGGGACCAGUCUGCUUCACCAGGAGACUCCUCCUGUCCCCAGUGUGGAGAAAGAUCCAGAACAAGAGCUGGACUCCAGUCAGCCAGUGAGACCAGCACUGUACAAGCAGCUGGUGGUCUGCAGGAGGUUUUAGAUGAACAUAAGAUCAGUCUGAUGAGGAGAUGUCAACAUGUGACUGAAGGAAGUGACGGAACAGGAAGUGGAACCCUCCUCAACAGGAUCUACACUGAGCUCUACAUCACAGAGGGACAGAGUGAAGAGGUUAAUACCCAACAUGAGGUGAGGCAGCUGGAGACAGCUUCCAAGAUGGAGGCCCUCCAUGACACUCCAAUCAAGUGCCAGGACAUCUUUAAAGCCUUACCUGACCAACAGGGACACAUCAGAGUGGUUCUGACGAACGGCGUCGCUGGCGUUGGAAAAACCUUCUUGGUGCAGAAGUUCAGUCUGGACUGGGCAGAGGGUUUGGAGAACCAAGAUGUCAGUGUGGUGGUUCUGCUUUCGUUCAGGGAGCUGAACUUGAUCAGAGAUGAGCAGUACAGUCUUCUGGAGCUGCUCCAUGUUUUCCAUCCAACAUUACAGAAGGUCACAGCAGAGAAGCUCGCCGUCUGUAAACUUCUGUUCAUCUUUGAUGGCCUGGAUGAAAGCAGACUUUCACUGGAUUUCAACAACGAGGAGGUUGUGUCUGAUGUCACACAGAAGUCAUCGGUCAACGUGCUGCUGACAAACCUCAUCGAGGGGAAUCUGCGUCCCUCGGCUCUCAUCUGGAUAACUUCCAGACCCGCAGCAGCCAAUCAGAUUCCUCCUGCGUGUGUUGACAGGGUGACAGAAGUACGAGGCUUCACUGACACCCAGAAGGAGGAGUACUUCAGGAGGAGGGUCAGAGAUAAAAAGCGGUCCAGCAGAAUCAUCUCACACAUCCAGGCAUCCAGGAGCCUCCACAUCAUGUGUCUGAUCCCAGUCUUCUGCUGGAUCAGUGCUACAGUUCUGGACCACAUGUUGACUACAGAGCAGAGAGGAGAGCUGCCCAAGACCCUGACUGACCUGUAUACACACUUCCUGCUCGUUCAGACCAAGAAGAAGAAGCAGAAGUAUGCUAAGGGACAUGAGACAAGUCCACAGGAGCUGAUGGAGGCUGACAGAGAAGUUCUUCUGAAGCUGGGGAGGCUGGCGUUUGAACAGCUGCAGGAAGGAAACAUCAUGUUCUACCAAGAAGACCUGGAGCGCUGUGGUCUCGAUGUCACAGAGGCCUCGGUGUACUCAGGAGUUUGUACAGAGAUCUUCAAAAGAGAGAGUUUGAUCUUCCAGAAAACAGUCUACUGCUUCGUUCAUCUGAGCGUUCAGGAGUUUCUGGCUGCAGUCUACCUGUUCCACUGUUACACCACCAGGAACAAAGAGGUACUGAGGGCUUUCUUUGGAACAGACUGGGACAAUGAUAGCAGUGAUGACCAAGGUACUGCACUCCUGAACAAGAAGACCAAAAGGAGAUUCCUGGUGAAAGGCCCAUACCUGGAUGUCUUCCUGAGGAGAGCCGUGGAGAAAUCCCUAGAAAGUGAAAAUGGCCACCUGGACCUGUUUGUCCGCUUCCUCCACGGCCUCUCUCUGGAGUCCAACCAGAGACUGUUAGGAGGCCUGCUGGGUCAGACAGACAACAGUCCAGGAAUCAUCCAGAGAGCCAUCAAUAACCUGAAGAAGAUGAUUACUGAUGAGAUCUCUCCUGACAGAAGCAUCAACAUCUUCCACUGUCUGACGGAGAUGAAGGACCUCUCAGUACAAAAGGAGAUCCAAGCGUUCCUGAAGUCAGAGAACAGAUCAAAGAAGAAACUCUCUGAGAUCCACUGCUCAGCUCUGGCCUACAUGCUGCAGAUGUCAGAGGAGGUUCUGGAUGAGUUGGACAUUUGGAUGUACAACACAUCAGACCAGGGACGACGUAGACUGAUUCCAGCUGUGAGGAACUGCAGAAAGGCUCGGCUUUAUCGCUGCAGACUCUCAAAGACUCACUGUGAAGCUGUGGCCUCAGCUCUGAAGUCCAACCCCUCCCAUCUGAGAGAGCUGGACUUGAGUUACAACAACCUGGAGGAUUCAAGAGUGAAGCAGCUGUGUGAAGGACUUAAGAGUCCAAACUGUAAACUGGAGACUCUGAGAUUGUUAGGCUGCUGUUUAUCAGAGAUCAGCUGUGCUUCUCUGGCCUCAGCUCUGAAGUCCAACCCCUCCCAUCUGAGAGAGCUGGACCUGAGUAACAACGAGCUGCAGGAUUCAGGAGUGAAGCAGCUCUGUGAUUUUCUGAAGAGUCCACACUGCAGACUGGAGGCUCUAAGAUUGAGGCACUGCAGUUUGUCAGAGAUCAGUUGUGCUUCUCUGGCCUCAGCUCUGAAGUCCAACCCCUCCCAUCUGAGAGAGCUGGACCUGUGUAACAACAAGCUGCAGGAUUCAGGAGUGAAGCUGCUGUGUGAUUUUCUGGAGAGUCCACACUGCAGACUGGAGACUCUCAAAAUGUUUGGCUGCAGUUUGUCAGAGAUCAGCUGUGCUUCUCUGGGCUCGGCUCUGAAGUCCAACCCCUCCCAUCUGAGAGAGCUGGACCUGAGUGACAACGAGCUGCAGGAUUCAGGAGUGAAGCUGCUGUAUGAUUUUCUGGAGAGUCCACACUGCAGACUGGAGACUCUGAGAUUGAGGGGCUGCAGUUUGUCAGAGAUCAGCUGUGCUUCUCUGGCCUCAGCUCUGAAGUCCAACCCCUCCCAUCUGAGAGAGCUGCUUCUGAGUGACAACAACCUGCAGGAUUCAGGAGUGAAGCUGCUGUGUGAUUUUCUGGAGAGUCCACACUGCAGACUGAAGACUCUGAGGCUUUCUGGCUGUGGACUCUCACAGACUCACUGUGAAGUCGUUGCCUCAGCUCUGAAGUCCAACCCCUCCCAUCUGAGAGAGCUGGACCUGAGUAACAACAAGCUGCAGGAUUCAGGAGUGAAGCUGCUGUGUGAUUUUCUGGAGAGUCCACACUGCAGACUGGAGACUCUGAGAUUAUGGGGCUGCAGUUUGUCAGAGAUCAACUGUGUUUCUCUGGCCUCAGCUUUGAAGUCCAACCCCUCCCAUCUGAGAGAGCUGGAGCUGAGUCCACACAGCAGACUGGAGAGUCUCGAGAUCAAUGACAGAAUGAUCAGAGCUGAGAAACCAAAACAAAAUGACUCUGAUGACAAACUGGAUGUGAAAACAAACCUGCCUGAGGAUGACAUAAAGGCUCCAUUAUCCUUCUCACCUGAACUCACAUCUGGAGCUUCAUACAGGUUCAUGUGUCCUGGUCCAGGUGUGUUCCAGUGUGAUUUGACUGGACUGGUGUUUGUUAUGGCUCAGGAGGCGGAGCUGCUGUACAGGACUGUCCAACGGGAUCAGAGCCUCCUCCAAUCAGCUGGCAAGCAGGCUGCAGGGCUGCUGUUCGAUAUCAAGAGUUCUGAGGACUCUGCUGUCCUUCAGCUCCACCUCCCACACUGUGAAACAAAGGAAGCGUUGCUCUUUGACGGCCUGCUGUCUGUCGUCCACAUCACUGAUGAUGGAAUGAGCAUCUUGGAGCCGCUGGAGAUCACAGACACUCAUGUGGUUGUGAAGGUCCCUCACCUCUCUGUCUUCGGCCUGAUCUGGGAUACCGUCAAAAGGUUUCUGAACAUCUCACUGCCAAUAAAGGGCCAAGCUCUGCUGUUCCUUCGACCUCCGUAUGAGGAGGAUCGAAUACUCGACGUAUUACUGCUGCAGGAAAACAUCCCUUUGCAGGAGGUUGCCAUCCAACAAGAAGGUGUUGAGAUCAGGAUCUCCUCCAAGUGUCAUCUGAUCUUUGGUCAAAGUUACAGUGUCCACUGUGAACCUGAGGGCUUCCAUAUACAGCCGGAGUGUGCACCAUUUGAGUCGAGUUGUGGACCAAAUUUCCCUCCAACAUUUGAAGUUUUCCUGACUACAAACACAAAGAGAGUGACUGUGAAGGUCCAGGACCAAGAGGGGAACGUAGUCUGGAAACGUCGAGUGCCCCUGACAGGUCAAAGAGCGGAAGUUAGACAGAGAAAUAUCCCAGCAGAGGACAGAGUCCCAUCAGAGGACAGAGUCCCAGCAGAGGACAGCGUCCCAGCUGACCAGAAACUUGGCGGAGCUGUUCGGACAGAGUUUGUUAAAAGAGUGUCUGAUGCGAAUCUGAACCUUCUCUUGGAUAAACUUUAUGAGCGUGACGUGAUAAGUUAUGGUGAAAUGCAGUCCGCCACAUCAAAAUCCCAACUAGACAAAGCACGAGACGUGAUCGACGCGGUGCGAAGAAAGGGAGCUGAAGCCAGUUCAGUUCUGAUCGCUGCUCUCCGUGAGGUGGAUCCACGUCUUUCCAGAGUGCUGAAGUUGAGCUGAAGCAGAAGAGAAGAAACUGUGGUGAUGAAUCUCUGGUACAGCUGAGUGUUACCAGAGCUUGUAAUCUUUAAAUCAGAAGUUUUUUUUAAAGCGAUCAAACUUGGACGACAUUAGAUGACUGUUGAGCAGCAACACAAUUCUAUUAACAGACAAAUGUUCUACUGUUAUUCACACAAAGUGGAGUUUAAAGCCAAUGAAAAGAGAGAACCAGACAGUUAUGAUCCUUUGGUUCUUGAUAAAUGUAAAAGCCUCAAAUAAGUAGCUACUGGUCCUCCUCUAAAGACCACUCUGAGAACGAUCCCCUUUGUGUUUUAAAGAUUGUCUCUACAUUUUAAAAUGUUUGUCUAAAUGUCAGAUGAUUACACGUAGUAUCUUUGUCAACACACAACGUCAAAAUGUCAGUGGAAUCAAAAGAAGAUAUACAACAGCAUUCUGAUUCAACUCACAAAAUGGCAUUUCACUUCCAUUUUGAGUUCUCUGAUAAGGAAUAUCUUUCCCAGGGUGCCUUGCGUUUACAACACCUACAGGCAACCUCAUUGGUCAAGGGACCUUUGACACUGCAGGUGGUCCACUGGUAAAACCAGAGACUUCAGAUCUCUCUCUUUCUCCACUGAUCAGCCAGAGGGGCACAGCUCUGAAUCCAGAGGCCUGGAUUCAAGCCCCCUCCUCCCUCACACCCUGCAGAGAUCCUAUCUCAGGGUGGUGCCUCCUCCUUCUGAAAAUCUCUUUCCAGGAGUAAUCCUGAACAAUUGCAAAUCUGAUCUUCCCUGUGCACCAAGAGAAUGAACUUGCCGUUCAUGAAUGAAUGGCAAGUUCAUUGCAACUGCCAGAGAAAGCUUCACCUCAACAACAAGGACGAACCAACUUAAUUUGAGGCAAAUUAUUGAAACUUAACCUGAAAUCAGACUUCCUUCCACGCCCUCCAUCGACUGUGAGUAAUGUAACUGGGCUUAGAUAAGAAAUCAGCACGGACUUUGAGUACAAAGGAUUUUACCUGUAAUUAAUGAUUUGGUUUAUAUGUUUGUCUUUAGUAUAUUUGUUGUGAUAUUCGUGUAGCUACAUCAUUCCAAGUUGCUUUAUACAGACAGUCAGUCUUAAAUGCAACUAACUUUACUAACCUUUGAUGUGCUCACACACUGCUUUACACAUAAUAUACUUUAAAUUGGCUUUUAACAAAGACACAGUUCAUGACUCUGUGUGUGACGAGCACACACAAACACACCUUUCAAUCUCAUUUGUAAGCCUACAUUAGAUUAGACUUGGUAGAACUCUAUACUCCAUAGAUCUGUCAUUUUAUUUGCUUUACUUGUUUAGAAUAAAUACCUUUUGAUUACAAAUGCUGUCUAUUUAAUGUUGUACACUGUAAACGACUCUUCUUCUGUGUCAAGAAUUCACAAUUAUUUCAACCACUGCUAAAUAUAAUUAUGGUAAUUUGAUUAUAAGUAUAGUCAUAAUUAUUAAUCAGUGUUCCAAAUUGUUAGUUGAGUAACUUUAUGAGACUGAUUUAGGUGAAUUUACUAUAUUUUUCUCCGUUUUACAGAGUGGUGCCCCAACAAGCUAUGACUUAGAGCAAAUCAAGGCAUAUUAAUAAUUAUUCAUGAUAAUUAUUAGUAAUUCUUAUAGCCGUCUAACCACACUUUUCAAGUGUUGCUCAGGUUCAUCCUUACAUAUUUGAUAUCUUUAUGGGAGGGGUAUCAUUUAUAUUAACACUAUUUUAUUUACAUAUUUGAAGUCCUGUGCAAGGUCAUCAUUUAUUCAUAAAAGAGGCAUCCUUAAUUCCCAACAAUGUGUUGCAAUGCAGCUUAAAUUAACUUAACUUGAACCACCAGGGACUGCUGUAUAACUAAAGAAGCCAACGGGUAAAAUCUACCCAGAGGUUUGAAUAAUAUAAUGUUAUAGCUUUUGUCCAUUAACACUCCUCACAAUAAGCUCUUUUGUCUGUAAGCCUUG